AUGCCAGCAAUAACCUCCUCGACAAGGUCUGCAGCUCAUUCACCACCCACCCUUGUUUCUCCAAGCAAGCCAACACCACCCAUGAUGAUGAUGAUGAUGGCAACCAGCACGACAACUCCAAGAGAAUGCACCAUGAUGAACCAUGGUGAAGGUGUUGUUUCUUCUGCAACAGAAGAGAGAAUUCCUCAUCAUCCUUUCUAUUCUCGUCCUCCUCCUCCUGUGUCCUAUCAGAAUCCUCACUACCCAUAUCCACAACAUCCCAUUGAAGCGUCAUUGAGUAAUCAUCCUCACAACCACCACCAUUAUUCCAUGUAUCCACCUGCUCCAUCUCACAUUCAUAACCCUCACAACCACUAUUAUCCUCUUCCUGGUCAUGGUAUCAAUCAUCAUCACCACAAUCUCCACCACCACCACUACCACUACCAUAAACCACACAAGCAUGAAGAGAUUGUUUCUUGUUCCUCCUCUGCCUCUUCCUCACAUUCAUCAUUAUCCUCUCCUCACGCUUCGCCUAAAGUUGAUCAUGCUGAUGAAAAUUUUGCAAAGGGAAAACGAACGAGUCGAAAAUCGAGCAUCUCGUCUGAUUCUGCAUCCAAUCCCACUACAACGAGUCCAAAGAGUCAACCAACGACAUGUAAGAAAUCCAAGCAAGUAAUCAUGGCAGGAGACACCAACACGAACGGCAUUGUUAAAAAGAAGAGAAAGACAAAGAAGAAUAAGAUUAUCAUUGCAACUUCAGAAUUGGUUCGAUGCAUGAAUUUACCACAAACUGUUGCUGCAAAGGUACUGAAAGUUUCAUUGAGUACUUUGAAACGACGAUACUAUGAAUUGGGAAUUGGAAGAUGGCCAGCAGUGCAAGGUUCUUCGAAUGUAAGCAAUCCUGGUGACACUGAUGGUGCCACUUGCUCCACACAGAACGAUUUGUCCUAUGUGAAUUGCAACGAUGUAGAGCCACAACAAAAACUUUCUCUCUCGUUUAUUAUGCACAAGAAGGACGUUGCUGAACCUUCAGUCGUGGAUAACCUUUCCAUGGUGAUUUUGAAAGUGGCUUUCACACUCAACACAGCCGAAGAGAAAUAA